CAAAAAAUAAGAAAAAUAAAAGAGUAAAAAAACUCCAACAAAAAUUAGCAGACAAGAGUUUUUUUUUUCUCGUUUUGCCUCAUUUUCUAUUGAAUUUCGUUGAAUUUUCUUUUCUCUUUCAAUUGAUUUCAAUUGAAAGCUGUUAAUCAUGGCCUAUGCAUCUCGCAUAAUCAAUCACUCAAAGAAGCAGUUAGGGAAUGUUCCUAACUUACUAUUGAGGCAAGAACAUGGUGGUUUUGUCCGUUGGUUUUCGAAUGGUACCCGCUUCUCUGUAGACAAAAAUGAUGAUAUUGGUAAGGCUCAUCGUAAUGGCUUUGCACCUGCAGAAAAGGAGAGGCUGUUUAGCUCUAUGGCUGAAACCAGUGAAUCGUCAUUUGGUGCAUCUAGGAAAAAUGGACGAAGGACAACAAUGCAAAUGGGGAACCCAGUGUCUGGACCGCUGCUCUUAAAGAAUGUCUCUUGUUCCCAGGUGUUGGCAAGGAGAGGAUUUUCAUCCGAUUCAGGGCUUCCUCCACAUCAGGAGAUUGGGAUGCCUUCGCUCUCACCAACCAUGACCGAGGGGAAUAUAGCAAGGUGGUUGAAGAAAGAGGGUGACAAAGUUGCACCUGGUGAAGUACUAUGCGAAGUUGAAACUGAUAAAGCUACUGUUGAGAUGGAAUGCAUGGAAGAAGGUUUCCUUGCAAAGAUCUUAAAGGAAGAAGGGGCGAAAGAAAUUCAAGUUGGUGAGGUAAUUGCUAUAACUGUUGAAGAUGAAGACGACAUUGGCAAAUUUAAGGAUUACAGUCCUUCAGCUUCAGAUGGUGCUGCUGCAGCUAAAGAGCCAUCUACUUCUACCACACCUCCUCCACCCAAGAAGGAGGCGGCUGAGGAAGUGGUUAGAUCACCGGAACCAAAAACUUCCAAGCCCAGUGCCGCUCCCUCUGGAGAUCGCAUAUUUGCUAGUCCACUUGCAAAAAGUUUGGCUGAAGAGAAUAAUGUACCUCUCUCAAGCAUUAAAGGAACAGGUCCAGAUGGACACAUAGUAAAAGCUGAUAUUGAAGAUUAUUUGGCUUCACGUGGGAAGGAAGUUUCAGCAGCGACAACUAAGGGAAAGGACACAACAGCUGCUUCAAUCGAUUAUGUCGACAUUCCUCAUACUCAAAUAAGAAAGGUCACAGCUUCACGCUUGUUACAGUCAAAGCAAACUAUUCCUCAUUAUUAUCUAACAGUAGAUACAUGUGUUGACAAACUUAUGGAUUUGAGGGUAAAAUUGAAUGCAUUACAAGAGGCCUCAGGUGGGAAGCGAAUUUCUGUAAAUGAUCUUGUUAUCAAGGCUGCUGCUUUGGCUCUCAGAAAAGUUCCCCAAUGUAAUAGCUCAUGGACAGAUAACUAUAUUCGCCAAUACAAUAAUGUGAAUAUCAAUGUAGCCGUACAGACAGAUAACGGACUAUAUGUCCCAGUUGUUAGGGAUGCAGACAAGAAAGGUUUAUCUAAAAUUGGAGAGGAGGUCAAGCAUUUAGCCCAAAAAGCCAAAGAAAAUAGCUUGAAACCAGAAGAUUAUGAGGGAGGCUCAUUUACUGUAUCAAAUUUGGGAGGGCCCUUUGGCAUCAAGCAAUUCUGUGCCAUCAUCAACCCUCCUCAAUCGGGCAUUUUAGCAGUUGGCUCUGCCGAAAAGAGGGUUAUUCCUGGUUUGGGACCGGAUGAAUUCAAAUUUGCAUCCUUCAUGUCAGUAACAUUAAGUUGCGAUCAUCGUGUAAUAGAUGGUGCUAUUGGAGCAGAAUGGUUAAAGGCAUUCAAGGGCUACAUCGAGAAUCCUGAAUCCAUGUUGCUGUAAAUCAUCAACUGGCGUCUGUUUCUGUCAUCUCUUUGUAUACAUUUUCUUGCAAUGAUAACCAUGAGACAUUUAUGGUGGUCCGUUCCUCAACAUUAAGCUGCAUUUGUUUUUAGAAUUGGUUCGUCACGGAGGACCUUCAGUUUGUAGUUCUGGAGAUAAACAGUGGUGGGUUGGAAUAAGCGUUGAGUUUUUUAAAGGCAUUAAUUUAUCUGCAAUUUUGCUCAAUUUUGCUUUUUGCAGAAUAACCCCUUUUGCAAGGGUUAUAUAUUGUGUUAAAUAGAUUUUCCUUCGGCAUGAUUAUUUGAUCAGCUGUAUCGAUGGUGAUAGUUGUAUUGAUGGUAAUAAUUAUUUUGUACCCAGAGCUUUGGUCAAACUAGAGUAUAAGCUGCGACGGGAAUUAAUUUUCUUUA